CUUCGCAAACUUGCAUUCAGGAUUGUGCAUUCAUCCACACUAUUACUGCCUGCUUGGAAGGCGCUACUUGAAGAGCUGGAACUGAAGGUUCGUGUUAUGCCUCGGGACAUAUUGACGCGUUGGAACUCCACGUUCGACAUGUUGGACUUCGCAAUUGAGUAUCAGCAAGCUCUGGAUAUUUUCACUGGGGACCGCAAACUUGGGUUGCACAAGUUUGAGCUCAGUGAGAAAGUGUGGAAGAUAGCUACACAAUUGCACGACACAUUACUCACACCAAUAAAGAUCUUGAAGGAUGCCACCACCUACUUUUCCUGUGCCACACCAAACCUUGCUACUGUAAUCCCAGCCAUGGAUCACAUCGACAAAUCACUCACUACCCAUUCCUUCGACAAGAACUUGAAUAGCGCCAUUCGUGCCGCACUUGCUAUGGGCAAGAAGACCUUGGACAGGUACUAUUCCCUUACUGACUCUUCUCAGACAUACCACAUAGCAAUGGUGCUUCAUCUGCGUCACAAACUGAGCUAUUUCAAGACUGCUGGAUGGGAGGCAGAGUGGAUCCAGACUGCCUCUGACCUCGUGCGCCACGAGUUUGACUUCGCAUAUGCUGACAUGCCAACCAGUUCAGCGGAUGAGGAGUUGGCAUAUGGUGAGCAUGAAUCACAGCUUCUAAAGGUAUGUUUGAUUUUGUUCAAUCAAGAUUGUUACUAA